UGUGGCCGCCAUCUUGGGUUCCGCGGUAGCGGUGGCGGCCGUAGGGUGCCGCGUCGGGGAGUGGCUCUUCCCUCCUGCUCCCCCCCUCCCGCCCCGCUCGGUGGCAGUGGCUCCUCCCACCGGGGGGGUGGCGGGACGGCGGUGGCACCUACGGCUAUGGCGGCUACAACUGCUAAUCCCGAAAUGACAUCAGAUGUACCAUCACUGGGUCCAGCCAUUGCCUCUGGAAACCCUGGGCCUGGGAUUCAAGGUGGAGGAGCCAUUGUACAGAGACCUAUUAAGCGGCGACCAGGGUUGGAUUUUGAUGAUGAUGGAGAAGGCAACAGUAAAUUUUUGAGGUGUGAUGAUGAUCAGAUGUCUAACGAUAAGGAACGAUUUGCCAGGUCGGAUGAUGAGCAGAGCUCUGCGGAUAAAGAGAGACUCGCCAGGGAAAAUCAUAGUGAAAUUGAACGACGGCGACGGAACAAGAUGACAGCCUACAUCACAGAACUGUCAGACAUGGUACCCACCUGUAGUGCCCUGGCUCGGAAACCAGACAAGCUAACCAUCUUACGCAUGGCAGUUUCUCACAUGAAGUCCUUACGAGGAACUGGCAACACAUCCACUGAUGGCACCUACAAGCCGUCUUUCCUCACUGAUCAGGAACUGAAACAUUUGAUCUUGGAGGCAGCAGAUGGCUUUCUGUUUAUUGUAUCAUGUGAGACAGGCCGGGUGGUAUAUGUAUCUGACUCAGUGACCCCUGUUUUGAACCAGCCACAGUCUGAAUGGUUUGGCAGCACACUCUAUGAUCAGGUGCACCCAGAUGAUGUGGAUAAACUUCGUGAACAGCUUUCCACUUCAGAAAACGCCCUGACAGGGCGUAUCCUUGACCUAAAGACUGGAACAGUGAAAAAGGAAGGUCAACAGUCUUCUAUGAGGAUGUGCAUGGGCUCAAGGAGAUCAUUUAUUUGCCGUAUGAGGUGUGGCAGUAGCUCUGUGGACCCAGUUUCCAUGAAUAGACUGUGCUUUGUGAGGAACAGAUGCAGGAAUGGACUUGGCUCUGUAAAGGAUGGGGAACCUCACUUCGUGGUGGUCCACUGCACAGGCUACAUCAAGGCCUGGCCCCCAGCAGGUGUCUCCCUCCCAGAUGAUGACCCAGAGGCUGGCCAGGGAAGCAAGUUUUGCUUAGUGGCCAUUGGCAGAUUGCAGGUGACUAGUUCUCCCAACUGCACAGACAUGAGUAAUGUUUGUCAGCCAACAGAGUUUAUCUCUCGACACAACAUCGAGGGAAUCUUCACUUUUGUGGAUCACCGCUGUGUGGCUACUGUUGGCUACCAACCACAGGAACUUUUAGGAAAGAAUAUUGUAGAAUUCUGUCAUCCUGAAGACCAGCAGCUUUUAAGAGACAGCUUCCAACAGGUGGUGAAAUUAAAAGGCCAGGUGCUGUCUGUCAUGUUCCGGUUCCGGUCUAAGAACAGAGAGUGGCUCUGGAUGAGAACCAGCUCCUUUACUUUCCAGAACCCUUACUCAGAUGAAAUUGAGUACAUCAUCUGUACCAACACCAAUGUGAAGAAUUCCAGCCAGGAACCACGGCCUACACUGUCUAACACGAUUCAGAGGCCACAGCUUGGUCCCACAGCUAAUUUAUCCCUGGAGAUGGGCUCAGGGCAGCUGGCACCCAGGCAGCAGCAACAACAGACAGAACUGGACGUAGUACCAGGAAGAGAUGGACUGGCCAGCUACAAUCAUUCCCAGGUUUCUGUUCAGCCUGUGACAACCACAGGGCCAGAACACAGCAAGCCCCUUGAGAAGUCAGAUGGUCUGUUUGCCCAGGAUAGAGAUCCAAGAUUUUCAGAAAUCUAUUCCAACAUCAAUGCAGAUCAGAGUAAAGGCAUCUCUUCCAGCACUGUCCCUGCCACCCAACAGCUAUUCUCCCAGAGCAACACAUUCCCUCCUACACCCCGGUCGGCAGAGAAUUUCAGAAAUAGUGGUCUGGCACCUCCUGUAACCAUCGUCCAGCCAUCAGCUUCUGCAGGACAAAUGUUGGCCCAGAUUUCCCGCCACUCCAACCCCACCCAGGGAGCAGCCCCAACUUGGACCCCUAGUACCCGCCCAGGCUUCUCUGCCCAGCAGGUGGCCACCCAGGCUACAGGCAAGACUCGUUCUUCCCAAUUUGGUGUGGGCAACUUUCAGAGUCCAUCUUCCUUUAGUCCCAUGUCCGUCCCUGGUGCUUCCACUGCAUCACCUGGUGCUGCUGCUUACUCUACUCUCACCAGUCGUGGAUCCAACUUUGCUCCUGAGACUGGACAGACUGCAGGACAAUUCCAGACACGGACAGCAGAGGGUGUGGGAGUCUGGCCACAGUGGCAGGGCCAGCAGCCUCAUCAUCGUUCAAGUUCUAAUGAGCAACAUGUUCAACAGCCAUCAGCACCGCAACCUGGCCAGCCUGAAGUCUUCCAGGAGAUGCUGUCCAUGUUGGGAGACCAGGGCAACAGCUACAACAAUGAAGAAUUUCCUGAUCUAACUAUGUUUCCCUCCUUUUCAGAAUAGAACUAUUGGGGUGAGGAUAAAGGGGUGGGGGAGAGAAAAAUACCAUUUGUUUUUAAAAAACAAAUCUUUCUGUAAACAGAAUAAAAGUUCCUCUCCCCUCCCUUCCCUCACCCCUAAUGUGAACCCCCUUUCACUUCUGGCCUUUCCCUUGCCCUCCUGCCUCUCUGACAUAAUUUAUAGAUGAGAUGGAGUAAAUCCUCAAGGUUUUGUGGACCGUUUGAAAAAUUAAGGCUGGGUGAAGUUAAAAAUGCCUUAUGUCUCCUGACCAGAAAUUUGUACAGAGGUGAUUUCUGCUAGGGUCAAGGGACAGAUUAGAGAACCUGAUGUCCACUAUUUGCCUUGUACUGUGGCUUGUUUUUGGAAAGAAAUUCUGAAUAAGGCGGGGGAGAGGAGAAAUGUCCUCAUAUUUGAGGACCAUGAAACAUGGUAGGUAUAUAUGGGGCUUUAGGAAGUAAGAAUAUGUUCUUUCUGCUGCCUGUGAGCGGUUCCUCUGGAAAGAAAUGUGAGUGAGGAAAUGAGAGAGGUGUGUGUGUGUGUGUGUGUGUGUGUGUGUACAUGUAUUUCUUUGUGUAUUUCUUUCUCCCUAUUAGGGAGUUAUGCAAAAUUUGUCCCAGAUUUUAUCUUUGUCUUUCUCUGUGUUUUUCAAAGAGUCCUAAGGAGUUAAAUCUUCCAGGUAUUUUCUACUUAGUAUUGCAGCCAAAGAGUAUUUAAAUAAAUGUCUUUGCUGUACUUACAUCUGUGCCCAGCCAAUAAGCAGAUAUAUAACAUUUUCUGUUGAUAUGAUUUGUCUGUCAUCAGACAUAUUUAGUGAUAAAACUGGGUCGUUACUGAUUUUGGUGCUCUCACCUUAUAUGGAAGAUCUGCAAACAUUACAGAAAUUGGCUGGCAGGAUAAACACUUUCAGAAACCCCAUACUUGGCCAUAAGGAUAAUGCUGCAUUUUUGUCAGAAUUACAUAUGUGUGUUCCAUGGAGGUUAUUUCUGCAUGGAAACUCAACUUCUUGGAUUAGUAGUCCCAGUGAAAACCCUCACUGGUGCAGUUUGAACCAAAUACCAGCCUUCUUGCAAAAUAGCCUCUUAUCUCAUUCUCAAAGUAUCCAGUCUGGCAAGAAACUGAGAUUUAGGUCUUUUCUGACCUAUAACUCUUUCCUCUUUGCUCCCUCUCAGUCUUGAGAUUGGAUUUUGCUUUGUAGUGCAAGUGUAAUAAAUCCAUGUGAUAGAUGGGGCCUGGACUCUCAUCCCAACAGGGUCACUUAUUAAUUAAUUAUAGCCAUAUAAAUGUGGAUACAGGUUACUACUAUCACUCUUUACCUUCCUCAGGUAACAGUCAUGUGUAUCGGCCUUUUUUUUUAAAUUGGCUCAGGCCAGUAUUGUAAGUGCAAGACUGAAUUAAUAAGACAUUUUAAAUGUAGCCAUAGGGGACUGAGGAGCACAGAUGGCCUUGGAGAGGCUCAGAGAAUGUCAUUACGGGGUUUCCCUCCCUUUUGUCUCCAGUCUGGUGCCAGGUAUUGGAGUGGAAAGGAGACAGUUUAUUUUUUUAUUCUAUGUGCACACAUACAGUAUACAUAUAUAUUUAUAUCACAAUUUAAGAAACCAAAAUGUUGAGUUUCCAAUAAAGUCCUUGUUUUUUAAUAAUCGCCUGUUUCUAAAUGUGAUCAAGACUAUAAUAUUGUAUAGUUAUUAUAGGGCUUUGGAGGAGGGAUGGGGAAGGGAGGGAGAAGAUGCUCUGGGGGUUUUAUUUUUGCUUUUCCUUCAGGGUUUUAUUUUUGAUUGUUUUUUUUUCUUGUUGGCCAUUUCUGUACUGCUGGCAUCUGUGCUGAGCCUUACAGUGGCAAAAACAAUGACAUGUAGCAAGUAUUUUAAAAACAAAAUAUUUUUCCUUUUGUAAA